GUACUUUGAGGAAGGGAAAGCAUAAAUGCCAGCUUGAUCAAAACUUCCGUGGCCCGAAAUGUACUUUACAUGUUGGAGGAACUGCGACAUGCGUACUGCGAAGGGUCAUUACUCUCUUUACUUCCACCUUAUGUAGUAAAAUGACAGUCAUUAAUCAUUUAUUACAACACGUUCUAGUGACAAGGCCCACCAACACCGAAGAUCAACUCGUGUGGUCCGCUCAUCAUCUCAGUCGUGCAAAACACAAUCAUCAAAUAUGCAGGAGGAGUAAAAAUCAAAGAUGGUCGAUUAAGCAAUAAAUCAAACACACAAGCACAUACGAAUGGAGGAGCAUGGGCGAGCUGUACGCCGCGUUGAGCCGAUGCAUAAACCCCAGCUUCGCAGCAUUAGCAAAGGCCACUCACUCCCAACUCCUCAAGCUCGGAAACUUCUCCAACCUCCAUCUCGCCACCCGCAUGCUCGCUGCGUACUCCAAAUGCGGCAUUUCUGAAGAUGCCUGCGAACUGUUCGACGAAAUUACCACCACAUUAUCAUCACUAGACAUCGUCUCCUGGAACGCAAUCAUAUCGGGCUGCGUUAAAAACGGAAGGGAUGAGGUCGCCUUCCAAUAUUUCAAACGCUUGCAAUCCGACUACAGGAGAUUAGGCGCUGAUUCUUACACUCUGUCGAGCCUCCUUUCUUCUACGCAUUGCUUGGAGAAGGCGAUAACCAGCGGCGAACAGCUUCAUGGGUAUGCUCUCAAGACUGGAAUUCUCUCCAGCGUCUCUGUCGGAAACGCGCUGAUCACGUUCUACGCCGCGUGGUACCGGCUUCCGGACGCCAGGAUGGUUUUUGAAUCAAUGCCACUGCGGGACGUCGUGUCAUGGACUGCAUUGAUCUCAGGAUACGCACGGCGAUGUGGCCAUGAAGAAGAGUCCUUGAGGCUGUUUGUUCUCAUGAUGAGCGGCCAGGAAGGCCCAAGACCCAAUCAAUUCACCUUUGCUUCAGUCUUCGGUGCGUGCGGGGGCCUUGCUUGCCUCUCACAAGGAGACGCAUUGAUCUCGACGGUGCUUAAGAUGGGUCUCCUCUCAGACGUCCAUGUCCAGAAUUCACUGAUUGGUUUCUACUCGGAAUGCGGGUGUUUGGAUGUUGCUAGAGAUGUUUUCGAUGCCAUAAUUGAACCCGACAUCAUCUCAUGGAAUUCUCUUCUGAAGGGAUACUCAAAUCAAGGGAGAGGCGAAGAGGCCCUCCGAAUCCUUGAUGAGAUGAUCGAGGUGGGUGCCAUGCCAAACUCUGUUACCUUCAUCUCAGUCCUGUCUGCAUGUAGUCAUUCCGGAAUGACAUCCCAAGGGCUUGAAUUGUUCCGAAGAAUGGAACAAGAUCAUGGGAUCAACCCCGGAACUGAGCACGUCUCCUGCAUUGUCAAUCUCUUGGGUCGUGCUGGUAGGCUUCACCAGGCAGUAGAGUUUAUUCGGGGGUUCGCUUUCGAGCUUGGUCCUUCCACAUGGAGGACAUUGCUUGGAGCUUGUUGGGUACACGGCAAUGCAGAGGAGCUUGCAGAGUGGGCUGCGGCACAGCUACUUCGGAUAGAGCCCCGUGAUGCUGAAGCUCAUGUGGUGCUCUCUAACAUCUAUGCAUCAAGCGGGAGAUGGGAUAUGGUAAGGAAUCUUAGGCGCUCAAUGAAGGAGAAAGGAGUGGAGAAGGAACCCGGAUCGAGCUGGAUCGAGGUGGGGAACAUGGUCCAUUCAUUCAUGUCCUCAGAUUCAGUCCAUCCCCAGAUGGAUGAAAUUGAGAUGAGGUUGAUGGAGCUCACUAACAACAUCAAGGAUCAAAUGCAUUAUGGUAAUUCUUUUUUGUUAUUCAUGGAACUGUAAAGGUAUCAAAGAAACAGUGACAAUCAAAGCGAUCCAAGAUUAUGAAUAUGCAUUUGGUUCUUGUCACAAUCCAAGAAGACCCGAAAUUCUCAUAUCAAAAACUACAAAACAACGAAUGUGCAUGUGGUCCUCAACAUUUUCUCAAAUUUCCUAAUGGAGAGAAGUAUAGCAUCAGCCA